CGGCCGCAGGCGGACAUGAGCCCCCGCGCCGCACCGCUUCUGCCGCUGCUGCUGGCUCUGCUCGGCCGCCCGGACCCCGGGAGAGCUGAGGGUUGUGACCUGCAGCCAGUGACUGCGGAGCCGCCCAUUACCCUGUCCUAUGCCACCAGCACGGUGCCACGGGGCUGUGUCAGCAGUAGCUCCUUGGGCACCGACCAUGAAGUGCACAUCCUCAACAUCGAGUGGUCCAAGGACUAUAUUUUCCCGCUGAAGGUGCUUGUCACGCCACCAGCUGGUGGCUGCACCCGGUCACCAGUGCUCGUCCUCCUGUGUGCCCGAUGCUCAGCCACUGUCACCUCCCUGUGCCCGAAUCUGAUCAUCCACACCGAUGCCCACCUUGACCAGGGGAUGACCACAGCAUUGGGCCCUGAGCUGCCUGUGGCCACCAGUGAGGGGCAGCUGCUGGCCUGGGCUCGAGACACCUACAGGGGCAUCACAUCCUACAGUGAGCUGCGGGACCCCCGCUGGGUUGAGCUCCAUCUGGGAGAAGAUGCCAGCAGUCCCCUGGAUUGCAUUCCCCAGGAGCACUUCAAUGCCACACCGCAUCUUGAGGCUGAGGUCUUCUUCUAUGAGACGAAGGGUUGCUCACUUGGGGAUGCCCAGAGCUCCAGGGCUGCCCAUAUCAUCCGGAUGCAGCCAGAGCCCAGCUCCCUCAUCACAGAGGUGAACCUGUCCCUGAGCUGUCCUGAGAGAGAGAUGAGCAACCAGAUCCUCAUCCUGCAGAGCCAGGCCAACCUCACCUGGUCCCUCUCUGUCAACAACUGCCACAUUCAAUUCUCGGUCUCUGGGAAGUACAAGAUCACACACAUGUCCUCGCUGCUGCUCCCUGGGUCACUCCUGCCUGACACGGAGCACGGCCUCAUUGCCAAAGCCUUGGAGAUGAACUGCAGUACCAUCGCCUCCUACUCCACCAUCCCUGCCAGCACCCGCAUCAGCCUGCAGAUCCUGGACCAUGAGACAGUCAAGAUGCCUGUGAUACCCACCCUCCCAGCCCCCACCACCAACUCAAUACCUAGCACUCUGCUGCUCAUGCUCCAGCCCUGGAAGUGCACAGAUGAAACUAUGGAGAUUGUCAUUGAUAGGUCCCAUCUGCAGCCCAUCAAGGACUUGGUGAACAUCACACUGAGGGACAUCAGCUGCCAGGCAGAGAAGAAUGCUACUCACUUCAUGCUGAGAACCCCCCUCAGCCACUGUGGCACCUCACUGGAGGACAGGGGCCAUGCCAACAACGAGCUUAUUCUCAACCUGGCCCAGGGGGCAGCACCCCGGAGCAUGCGGGUGGCCUUCAAGUGCAAGAUCCCACGGGAACUCUUCCUGCGCCUCUUCCCUACGGACGACUUCGAGAGGCCACAGACUGAGCUGGAGGUCAAUAAGGAGUCCUUUGUACAGGCAUCUAUGCGGUGGGAGGACCACCCAGCUGACCUGCAGCUGAAGGAGUGCUGGCUGGUAGUGCCAGGGCGGGAGCCAGUGCUGCUGGUGCAGGGCGGGGAGGCACGCAGUGCAGGGGUGGCUGUGCUGGAGGGUCCCCCCAGCAGCCACGGCAGGAAGAUCUGGCGCUUCUGCUUCACUUAUGCCGUCCCCGAGGAUGGGCGUGUCCCCUUCUCUGCCACCCUCAAGUGCACAGCUGGCUUGCAGAACAACACCAUCUUUGAGAAGGUCCUGGAGGUGACAGUGAAGGACAGCUGGCGGCCACCCAACAACCAUGGGCUGGGGCUGGCCGCUGUUCUGGGCAUCACCUUUGGCGCCUUCCUCAUCGGAGCACUCCUCACUGCUGGGCUCUGGUACAUCUACUCCCACACUCGUCCCAUCUCCAAACUGCAGCCGGUUUCCAGCACGGCACCGGCCUCGGAGAGCAGCAGCACCAACCACAGCAUCGGCAGCACCCAGAGCACCCCCUGCUCCACCAGCAGCAUGGCCUGACCACCCUGGCCCCACCCCAAGCCCAACCAGCCCCCAACUGCUGGACUUGGGGACCCAGCCUGACCCAAUUAAGCUGUUUUUUUGCCCCAAGUCUCAGGCCAAGCCCGGAGGGGGCCUCCGUUACUCAUUCAGUGAAUGCUUUGGCCCUCCAAGGGCAGCCCAUACCAGGGGUGGAGGCACCCUGCAACCCCACUGGGGAACCUUGCUGCUGGGUGCACCAGGAAGGUGGAGAGAGCAGCCAUUGCUAAAGCCCCCCUCAAGGCUCCCCAUCAAAUGGGGAGGGGGAGGGCACAAAUGUAGGUGCCCCCAGGACAUGUCCCAGUACUGGGGAUGACCUCUGUAACUCUCCUGCAUCCCUCCAGGAAGGCAGCGAGCACCACUGGGAGCAGCAAGAAGUUUAUUGGGGGGGUGGGAGGUGCAGGGCUGCUGCCCCCACUGCGGGGCAAUGGGCAGACCCCACCCCCUACCCCAAUUCCCCA